AGUAGAACGCGCAGGUGAGAGAGAGAGAGAGAGAGAGAGAGAGAGAGGGAGAGAGGGAGAGAGGGAGAGAGAGAGAGAGAGAGAGAGAGAGAGAGAGAGAGAGAGAGAGAGAGAGAGAGAGGAGGCGCGUGUGGAGAAUGAGAGAAUGCGGGACUCUUGGAAAAGACGCAUUUCACCCAGUUCAUUACAGAAACAUCCCCACGAGCGCCUACGGAAGUACAGCUACUGUUGUUGACGUCGGGCUCUCUUUUUCCUUUUUCUGAAGAGUCUCCGUUAUGUUCCAGGAACAUUAUUCUGUCCAGAGAACUCGUUCUGAAAAGCACUCUUGUUUCCCAAGUUGAGUGGAGGAAUCUUACCGCUUGGCACGUUGCUUCACUGCGGGAAAAGAACAAACGCAGUUUAUGUGUCUGCCCGAAGGUAGGAAGGCAAAUGUAGGUUGUCACUAUCACUUAUAAAACACCAUAAACGUGUUUUUUGUUUCAGUUUUAGUCCGUUUCGUGGAAUUUGUGAGUUAUUUCAAGAAAACGAUCUAAGCCGUCCGGAGCUGGAGUCGUGGACAGUUGUCUUUUUGUGUAGUGCUGCAUUGCAGUUUCUAACUGUGAAAACGCCAGAAAAGCCGGUGCUCAAACGUAACCGGAAUAAAGAAGAAUUACUAACGUGAUAAUAAAGUGGUGAGUCCUCGAGAGAGAGAACUGGAUAUCUCUCCGUUUAGAGAGACAAGAAUGUGAGUCAAGUGGAUUAAUUAGAAGCGGAUGAAUUGGUUCUCAUAUUCUUGGGGAUGGAUUGUUUUGUAUCUUUGUGCUGUGAACUAUCCGGAGAGACUAAGGAAUUAUAAAAGCAUGAAGGACUAUUAAGAAGUAGAGGGAUAACAAAGAAGAAAGCCGUGCUUCUGAAGUGAUCUGCAGAGCGAGAGGGGAACACAGUGAAGCUCGCGCCCGGACCUGAGGCAGUGGAAACUGCAGAGCGAGAGAGGGAGGGAGAGAGAGGAGAGGGAAGAGAGACAGAGAGCACGCCGCUGAAAUACACACAAAGAAAAAGAGAUUGAAGGAAAACGGGGGAAGAGAAAGACGAGAAAAAGGAGAGAAGAGAGUGAGUGUGAAACAGUGGGGGAAGACAGAGAAAGUGGAGUGAGAGAGGGAGAGAAGGAGAGCGGUAGACAUGAGGAGGAUUGGUGCAGUGCACUCCUCCGUAGCGGAGGCUCUCAGCCUCGUGGUGGUUCUGCUGCAGCUGCUGACUCAGCUCCCACUCGCCAACUCAGCUCUCCGUUACCGGGUGGCCGAGGAGGGCCCUGCCGACAUCAAGAUUGGUAAUGUGGCCGCAGACUUGGGCCUGGCUGCCGGUACGGGCACAGGGGACGUGACCUUCGCCCUGGAGAGCGGCUCGGAGUUCUUCAAGAUUGACAACGUGACGGGUGAGCUGACCACUGGCCAGAAGCGGAUUGACCGCGAAAAACUCCCACAGUGCCAGAUGAUCUUUGAUGAGAAUGAGUGCUUCCUGGACUUCGAAGUGUCCGUGAUUGGUCCGUUGCAAAGCUGGGUGGACCUCUUUGAGGGGCGGGUCGUAGUGACAGACAUCAACGACAACACCCCUUCCUUCCCCUCGCCCGUGCUCAUGCUGUCUGUGGAAGAGAACCGGCCAAUCGGCACGCUGUACCUUUUACCCACAGCCACUGACCGCGACUUUGGGAAGAACGGGAUUGACCGGUACGAGCUGAUCCAAGAUGGCGGUUCAGGUACACCUUCGACCCGACGGAUGGCCGGAGGGCCAAUGGGAAGGGCAGAGGGAGGAGCCACAGGAGGAGGAGGAGGAGAUCGGAAGAGAGGAGCCGGAGAAAACGGAGGAGGAGUUGGAGGCGGGGCCAGAAGCAGCGUGUUUGAAUUGCAGGUGGCUGACACACCCGACGGAGAGAAGCAGCCUCAGCUUAUCGUGAAAGGCCCUUUGGACCGCGAGCAGCGCGACUCCUACGAGCUGGUCCUCCGCGUGCGCGACGGCGGCAACCCGCCCCGCUCCUCGCAGGCCCUGCUCCGCGUCGCCAUCACCGACGUCAACGACAACAGCCCGCACUUCGAGAGGGCCGUGUACGAGGCGGAGAUGGCGGAGAACGCCCCCCCGGGCACGCCCGUCCUGCAGGUGCGAGCCUCGGAUCGCGACGUGGGCGUCAACGGCCAGGUGGAGUACGUCUUCGGCGCCGCCACCGAGUCCGUGCGGCGGCUCCUCCGGUUAGACGAGGCCUCCGGUUGGCUGAGCGUCCUCCAUAGGAUCGACCGGGAGGAGGUGGCCCAGCUGAGGUUCAUCGUCACGGCCCGGGACCGUGGCCAGCCCCCACGCACCGACCGCACCACCGUGGUGCUGGCGGUGCGGGACGAGAACGACAACGUUCCCGUGGUGGAGAUCCGGAAGAUCGGACGGAUCCUGGUGCGGGACGGGGCGGCGAUGGUUCCAGAGAACGUCCUGGUGGACACCCCGGUGGCGCUGGUGCAGGUGUCCGACCGGGACCAGGGGGAGAAUGGGGCGGUGACCUGCACGGUGGUGGGCGACGUGCCGUUCACCUUGAAACCCGCGGGUGAAACGGCCUUGCCGCCUUUGCCUGCCGAUGAGGCCUUUGACAGGAACCGGAAGAAGUAUUUCCUCCACACGUCCGCCUUGCUGGACUACGAGACCACCAAGGAGUACAGUGUCACCAUCGUGGCAGUGGACUCAGGAAGUCCAAGCCUGUCCAGCAACAGCUCCCUGACGGUGCGGGUGGUCGACAUCAAUGACCACGCCCCCACCUUUGCCCAGAGUGUGGUGGAGGUCCACUUCGCCGAGAACAACUCUCCUGGAGAGAGAGUGGUGACUGUGCUGGCCACGGACGCUGACAGCGGCAAGAACUCCGAGAUUGCAUACUCCCUGGACGCCUCCGUUAAUGGGGCCUUCUACAUCGACGCCGAUAACGGCGACAUCCGCGCCUCCGGCGUUCUCGACCGGGAGCAGCGGGAGCGCUACGAGUUUCGGGUCAUAGCCAGAGACAAGGGCGCCCCCUCUCUGCAGGGCUCCGCGACUGUCGUCGUCCAGAUAACCGAUCGAAACGACAACGCGCCCAAGUUCGUCCAGGAAGUGUUCAUGUUCUACAUCAAAGAGAACCUCCUGGCCAACAGCCCCGUCGGCAUGGUGACGGUGACCGACGCGGACGAGGGGGAGAACGCGGAGCUCAGCCUCUUCGUGGAGACGGACAAGGAGGAGGAGGGAGGCGAGGAGGAGGGAGGAGGAGAGGAGGGAGGAGGAGAGGAGGGCGGCCGAGGCGAGAAACAGGACAUGUUCUCCAUCGAGAACAACACAGGCACGAUCUUCUCCUCCGCCUCCUUCGACCGGGAGCGCCGCUCCACCUACACGUUCCGCGUCCGGGCGGUGGACGGCGGCGAGCCCCCCAGGUCGGCGACCGCCACCGUCUCGCUCAUCAUCACGGACGAGAACGACAACGCCCCGGCCGUCAGCGCCCCCGCCAACGAGUCCUACACGCUCCUCCCGCCGGCCAGCAGCGCUCGCACCGUCGUGCGCACCGUCACGGCGUCCGACGCGGACGCCGGGCCCAACGCAGACCUCCGCUAUGCCUUGGUGGGCGGGAACCCCUACAGGCUGUUUGAGAUGGGCCACGCCAGCGGGGUCAUCACCCUGGCGGAGCCUCUGGAGCGGCGCCACCGCGGGCUCCACCGGCUGGUCGUGCGGGUCAACGACAGCGGCAUGCCGUCGCUGUGCGCCACCGCCCUGGUUCACGUCUUCAUCAACGAGAGCCUGGUCAAUGCCACGCUGGUGGACGCACAGGUGGCUCGUAGCCUGGCAGCCCCCUUGUCCUUGGACAUCGCAGGAGACCCCGACAAUGACCGCGCGCUCGGGAAACAGCGCCUCAGCGUGGCCAUCGGGGUGCUGGCGGGCGCCGCCGCUGUCAUCCUGGUGAUCCUCCUGGUGGUCACGGCUCGCCAAUGUGGCGCCCAGGGAAAGAACGGCUACGAGGCCGGGAAGAAGGAGCCGGAGGAGGACUUCUUCAGCCCGCAGCCCGCUCACCAGCCCGCCGCGGGACGAGGCUCGGACCGAGGCGACCGCGGACGGAAGCCCCGCAAGGACAAACGCAACGGCGCCGCCGGCGGAGGGGGCGGGAAGACGGAGUGCGCGCUCUACAGCGGCAUCAUGACCGUCAACGGCCUGCGGCGCCACGGCAACGAGGAGGACGAGGAGGAAGACACGAGCAGCGCCAGCGAGCGCCUGGCGGCCAGGUACUGCGCCAUGGACGGAGACCCCGGCAGCCCCCGCAUGACGACCGGCGGACGACGCCACCAGUCCAGCCCCGACCUGGCGCAUUACAAGUCGAGCUCGCCCCUCCCCGCGGUCCACCUGCAGCCUCACUCGCCCCCGGCUGAGGGGAAGAAGCACCAGGCGGUGCAGGAACUGCCCCCUUCCAACACCUUCGUGGGGAGUGGGGGGUCCGGGGGGUCCGGGGGGGGUCCGGGGGGGAGCAGCAGCAGUGGGGGGAGUGGCAACGCUGACGCGAUGUCUCUGGGCUCGGACCAGUGCUCCGACUACGGCUGUCAGACCGGCAACAAAUACAACAAACAGGCGACCCUAAGGCGGGUGACUUUCUCAGUGGCCAGUCAGCCCCAGGAUGGUGGUUGCUAUGAUAGCGGGUUGGAGGACUCCGAGACCCCGAGUAGUAAAGGAUCUUCGGGGCCGCGGCUGGGGGCGCUUCCGCUACCGGAGGAGGGGUACGAACGCACCACACCAGAGGGUAGUGUGGGAGAGGAGGAGCAUGUAGAGAAUGAUGCCAGGCAGCUGCCCGAUGUGACCCUGACAGGCCAGUGCACCAGGGAGUGUGAUGAAUUUGGACACUCGGACACCUGCUGGAUGCCCAUCGGCCCAUCGCCACGGACACGCCCUCGCCACGGCAGCGACCCCCCGCACCUCUCCACUUUCGCUUCGGGCGACCGAAACAACAAUCACCAUGGCGACGAGGAAGACAGCGACAGUGACAGCGCGGGCAGUUCGGAGCCGGGCGUGGUGGGAGGAGCCAGGUUAGCGCUGGCCAAUGGGGAUCCUCUGGGCAGCCUGGGCGGCGGAGACAGGAACCGCAACGUGGGUGAUCACAACCGUAACCUCCUCAACCGCAAAAUGACCUCGGCGUCCUACGACACGUUCAGCUCCGCCGGGUUUGGGAGGAGCCAGGCUCCGGAGGAGGGUGGCGAGGGGGUGAACCCUCCAGAGGUCAUACCGCUGACACGCACGGGAGGAGAGUAUAAGACCACGUCCUGCCUCACGCUGUCUCGCAGAGAAGUUUACCUGUGAGGGACGGCAAAGUGCCCCCCCCCCCCCGCGCUCACCCCCCCCCCCCCCGUUUCACCACCACUUCCUCCUCCCCUUCCAUCACACCCAUUUCUAGAAAGGAAUGGAUCAAUCCAUGUUUUGUUCAGACUCCAGCAGCAGAGAUGACAAAAGAAAAGCAAGGAAAAUCCACAUUAAAAAAGAGAAGAUGUCGACUGUGGGAGAAAGACUGUUGUUGAUUCCUUGCCAAAAAAGAAGAAGAAGAAAAUUGUUUCGGGGUCAUGCUGCCUGAUAUUUAUAUACAGCUAAAGCGACUGAUGUAUCAAGACUUCAGCAGAGUCGGUCCCUGCUCUGAUGAGGGGCUAUUUCUUAUCUCAAGACCUUUUCUAUUAUUUACAGAAGUGACUGGUCUGGAAUCAGUUGUGUCUUCUCUGAACUUUCACCUCCAGCAAAGGAGGACCAACACAAAUCUGACCUUAGAUCAGUCUGAACACACAUUACCCCAACACGCUUUUAUACUUGUAACCCUCGUCAGGGAUUUAGGAUACAACAAGAUUCUAACCUAUCAAGAAGGAUCUUGGUCUUCGACUACCAAAAAACCUGCUUCCUCUGCAACACCCAGACCGAUAGAGUAAUUAAUACUGGUUCAAAAAUCAGGUAUUUUUCACAUCGGAAAACAAUUGGGAUUUGUUUUUUUAUUGAUUUUGACAGGUGUCAGCAGUCGGAGUUCGGAAUACAAGGUUUAUAGUAUUAGUGCCACAGUGUACCAGUGCUGAAACACAAUGCUCUAUGCCUUCUCACCCCGAGACCAUAGCCGCGGGAACAUAUUUUACCAGGGGGGUGCUGGGGAGGGCUUAAUGUUGCGGGGCGGUGCCGCGGUGGUGGAUUUUCAAGUCAUAUCAUUUUAAAUUCUCGUGCUGUCAGCAGGGGCUGCUGCAGCACCCUCAGCACCCUUCGUCCCCAUGGCCAAGCCCAAGACUGUAUAUAUUUAUGUAUCUAUCUAACUAUCUAUCUAACUAUCUAUCCAGUUCUCUACCUAUUCCAGGGGCAGGCAGUCUUAUGGCUCUGUAGCUGUCGCUGUCCAUCAUCAUUUUGCAGAGUUCAUUCACCUGUUUCAGUGGAUGUUCAUGCACUUUAGAAACCAUAGACCCUCUAAAGCCCACACAAACACACACACACGUCAACACACACACACACACACAGGCCCACGCACACAAACCUAAACACACAUGAACUUAUUUUACAAAGAGCAAACAAACAAAUGCAGGUCUACCCACUCUGAAAUACAAAAGUAGCCUGCGUUCUCAUUCAUUGCUUAAACAAGACUCAUGCAGUUAUUGUAGAUGUAGCAUUUCGCCUGCUUCCAUCCUAUCUUCCCUGGCCGGUAUUAGAGGACACAUUUUUCCUGUUCUCAUAGUUAUGUCUGUGAACAAUGGGGUGGGGAGAGGGGGGGGGGGGGUCUACACUCUAGAGGGAACUUGAGGUAACAUCUAUGUAAUGAUGCACAUUGUCACGGAGUAUAAAAUAUUCCUCCUACUAAUGUAAUGUAAGUAUAAGUCUCUUAGAAAAACCAAAUUUCUGUAAGAAAGGACUCUUUCUCUGCAUGAGCAAAAACCUAAAUGCUGUUUUUUAUUUGUGUGUGUGUGUGUGGGAGGGGGGGGGGGUGAAGGCAUGGUUAGGGCCGAGAGGCGGGGAUCAGGGUCACGAUAGUGUGACAUGGACUAGCACUCUUUUAACUGCUUGAAUGGUAGAAAGAAGAUGAGAGAAAAAGACAACAGGUUUGGGUUCAUGGAGUCAGAAGGCCUUCAAGAACACCCUGUCGGUGGGGCAGGCUGGAAAAGGAGUUGAAGAUGAGUUCCUGUCUAUCUGGAGAUUACAACUACAGCUUUUACCGUGACACUCUCCAACACUCAGGUCAAAGGUGUCCUGACAUCAGCCCCGUCCUGCUGAGGUUCUGGUAUGUUCCCCCACACAAUCACACACAUGCAGACUGUUGCCCCUCCUCUCUCCUAACUUGUGAAAGGUUAGGCAGCCCUGUGAUCCUUAACCUUUGACCCCUGACCUUUGAUCCCUGAAAAAGACAGUCGUUCCUGGUUCCUGGGCGUAUGAACGCGUGGAGGCGUCAUACGAGGUCUGUGUUCAGCCGUUCUGCGGAGAGAGACUUGGUUUUGGUUCUCUGCAGGGCUGAUUCUCCACACUGCUGUUUUAAUGCAGGUCUGACCUGACCACUCUCACACCCUGAAACAAACAUACAGGAAACUGUGUACAUGGAUACCAGUGUGGAUGAGGGAGAGUUUUUUUUGGAAUACUGCACGUUUAAUGAGAAUACGCUUCACUUUAGCGCAUAACAGGAGAAUAAGGGAUGGAUUGAACGUAUGACGUCAGACAGACCAACAUCCUCCAGACUUUUUGUAAUGAAAAAACCAAGGGGCUUUAAGUCUCAACUGUUUCACUUCCUGUUUAUUACUUUCAACUUCUUGUUCUGGUCAAGCAUAAUAGCCGUGUAAAGUUAACCCAUCACUGUAGAGCAGAGAUCCCAGAAUGAUAACUAAAGCAUGCUUAAGGUCUUCAAAUCUGCACUUGAAAAAAAGAAAGAAAAAAAAGAUUUUUUAUUGUUUCACUCAAUUCUCCUUAGUUUCUAUAGGGCAUCAGUAUUUUUUCUGCUCUCCUAUCCUGUAAUUGAUUAACUAAUUGCAUUUGCUAUGAUGAGAAGUGUCAAGUGGGGGAGUUGUUGCCGAAUGAGUUUGGUAUGAAGAUGACGCGUGUAUAAAUUUGACUUUGACAUUAAAAAAACUCCU